AUGAAACGUCAACGUAUAAAUGAUGGUGAUGGGCAUAUUCCAUAUGUAGAAAAGCUUUACAGGAAGGCUCAAGAAAAUUAUGAUGAAGCCGGUGGAUUUAUGGAUGAUGAUGAUGAAUACGCUAGUAUACGGGAGCGUAUAGCUGAGUCACGCCAUAAACGUAAUAUUUUAUGUUUGGAGGAAGCUGCUAACUCCAGCAAUUUAGAACGACCAGAUGAUUGCAUCGAUUGCAAAAAUCCCUUAUGUGAUUCAUUUUUAUGGGAAAAAUUUAGUUAUCCCGUUUGCGAUAAGUGCAGAGAUGACAAAGGUUCGCAUAAAUUGAUUUCACGAACGGAAGCCAAAAAUCAGUUUCUUUUAAAAGAUUGUGAUAUCGACCUUCGUAAACCAGUUUUAAGAUUCAUCUCAAAAAAAAAUCCACAUAAUCCUCGUUAUGGAGACAUGAAAUUAUAUCUUAAAGCACAGCUAAAGCAACGUUGUUUGGAAGUUUAUGGUUCAAUAGAAGCAUUUGAAAAAGCUAAAGAAACACGGACAGCACUGAAAGAAGUACGAUUAGAAAGACGAUUCGAGAAGAAAAUUAAAGAAAUGAGGCAACAGGUACGCGGACCGAAAAGUUUCAAUAAUAGCAAUGUUAGAGCCCACGAUCAUGUUUAUGGAGAUGAAAUGUAUGACUCCAAAAAAGAUGAAUUUUGGAAAGUUUGCAAAAUAUGUGAGUAUAAGCUGACGUAUGAAAAAAUGUGA